AUCUGACGGCGUCUUAUGGUUUCUGUCUAAAUUCCCGUCACGCCAGAGAAGAAGAGGCAGCAUCUUUCGUGCUCUGGCAUUCCAAAUCUUGCUGCUUUCCGAUCUAUUUCAAACCCUAAUUCGAUCCUCUCUCUGAUUCUUUUGAAAUCGAUCUUCCCUGCGAAUCAAGGAAGAAAUGGUGCUCACUCAAAAACUCCACGAGGCCUUCAAAGGCACUGUAGAGAGAAUUACUGCCCCGCGCACCGUUUCCGCCUUCAAAGAAAAGGGCGUCCUCAGCGUUUCCGAGUUCGUUAUCGCCGGUGACAACCUUGUUGCCAAGUGUCCCACCUGGUCCUGGGAAGCGGGAGAGCCGAGCAAGAGGAAAUCUUACUUGCCAGCCGACAAACAAUAUCUAAUCACAAGAAAUGUGCCUUGUUUGAGGAGGGCUGCGUCAGUGGAAGAAGAGUAUGAGGCAGCUGGAGGGGAGUUUCUCAUUGAUAACGAUGAUAAUAAUGGCUGGCUUGCCACUCAUGGAAGGCCGAAAGAGACUAAUUCCGCUGAAGAGGAGAACUUGCCUUCUAUGGAGACCUUGGAGAUUAAUAAGUGCAGAGGUAUUAAGCCUAUUUCCUCUUAUUUAGGAGGUGAAGAGGAGGAAGAUAUACCUGACAUGGCCGACUUUGAAGACACUGAAAAUCUGGUGGAAACGGAUCCGGCCACACUUCAGCCAUCAUAUUUCGUCACACAUGAGCCUGAGGAUGACAACAUUCUUAGGACACGUACAUAUGAUGUCAGCAUUACGUAUGAUAAAUAUUACCAAACUCCUCGUGUUUGGCUUACCGGAUAUGAUGAGUCAAGAGUACCUUUGAAACCAGAGCUUGUACUUGAAGAUGUUAGUCAGGACCAUGCACACAAAACGGUGACCAUUGAGGAUCAUCCACAUUUGGCGGGGAAGCAUGCAUCUGUACAUCCAUGUCGACAUGGAGCUGUGAUGAAAAAGAUUAUUGAUGUACUCAUGUCACGUGGAGUGGAACCAGAAGUUGAUAAGUACCUUUUCCUGUUUCUGAAGUUCAUGGCCUCAGUAAUUCCAACCAUUGAGUAUGAUUACACCAUGGACUUUGAUCUUGGAAGUACUAGCCACUGAAUACAGAUGCAGUGGGUAGGUCCUCCUGCAGAAGCUAAGGCAAUAAGAACACAGCCACCUCCAUUCAGAAUGGUGUGAUUUGUUGUUGCUUUUGAAUCCCACUCACAACUUGUAUUCUUUGUAAAUAUUAUAGCUAUUAUGUACUCUCUCUCUCUCUCUCUCACUCA